GCCGGGCAGGGUCACGUGACCCGCGGCCCCGCCACCGUCGCCCGCCUUAAAAGCUACACCGCGCGCCCCGCGCCCAGGGCCCAACUCCAAGCGGUCCGGGCCGUAGCCACUUUCCACAGCGAGUCCGCGCGCGGGCGCCCCUCGGACAGGAACGCCGGCCGGCGCCCGGGGACCGAUGCCCAGGCUGGACGACCACUGCUGGAGCUGUUCCUGUGCUCAGGGCGCCAGGCACCGGAGCCUCCCGCGAGCCGGGCCCGGAGGGCUGGCGGCCAAAGUGGGGGACAUGCUCGGCCCCGCGGCGCUGGCGGCCCGCCGCGGCCCGGACCCAGACCCCGCGCCGGCUCGCGGGCCUCGGAGCCCCGGGCCGGGGGGGCGCGGCGCUGGCGGCGGCCCCCCCGGCAGCUGGCACCACCACCUGGUGCAGAGAAGCCUGGUGCUGUUCUCGGUGGGGGUCGUGCUGGCCCUGGUGCUCAACUUGCUGCAGGUGCAGCGGAACGUCACCCUGUUCCCCGAGGAGGUCAUCGCCACCAUCUUCUCCUCGGCCUGGUGGGUGCCCCCCUGCUGUGGGACGGCGGCCGCUGUUGUCGGCUUGCUGUACCCGUGCAUCGACAGUCACCUUGGGGAACCCCACAAGUUCAAGAGAGAGUGGGCCAGCGUAAUGCGCUGCGUAGCGGUUUUCGUUGGCAUCAACCACGCCAGUGCUAAACUGGAUUUUGCCAAUAACGUGCAGCUCUCCUUGACGUUAGCAGCCCUAUCUCUGGGCCUGUGGUGGACAUUCGACCGGUCGAGAAGCGGCCUCGGGCUUGGGAUCACCAUCGCCUUCCUGGCCACGCUGAUCACUCAGCUGCUGGUGUAUAACGGCGUCUAUCAGUACACGUCCCCGGAUUUCCUCUACAUCCGCUCCUGGCUGCCCUGUAUAUUUUUCUCAGGAGGCGUCACCGUGGGCAACAUAGGACGCCAGCUGGCUAUGGGUGUUCCCGAGAAGCCGCACAGCGACUGAGUCUCAAAAGCCACUGAAGAAAAGCACGAUUUGGGAAGAAAACCUGUGACCUUGGAUUGUGACAAAGAUGAUCUUUCUCCUCCGUGAUCUGUUUAGAUUGGGUGACUGUCCCCGUGACUCCCGGAAAAAGAAGUCCCCUGUUCCAGAGCGGCAAGCGAGGGGAACCGCCGAUGUCCAAGCGGACCUGCGCCACACGCCCGUGCCUGCGUCCGCUCCGACGGGGCGGGGGUUCAGGCAGGCACGGCUUCCCGAGUAUUCGAUCUCAUUUAUGUUAUUAAAAGCAAGUUGCCAUAUUUCAAAGCCUUGAACUAAAGCCUAAUUACCAGCUCUUGGUUUCGUAUCCGUGCCCACAAGGGAUAGCUUGAUGGUGCUUUAACAAAGGUGAAGUGUGGUCUAAUAGGAACCGUAUUUAUCCAAGAGAUUUUUUUUUUAAAUAGGGUUGUGUAAAAAGAGAAGCGGCCGGGAGCCCCGGGAGGCCCGCUCCCGCCGUCGCGGCGCGGCGACCCUUCGCGCCCUCGUUCCCCCCCGCGGAGCCCUGUGUAGACAAUCUCACCGAGCGCAGAAGGCAGCGAAGGCCGCGGCUCUCCACUGUGACCUGCUGGAAUUCUCACCUCCGUAUUUGCGAAGUUUCAUCCCAAAUCCACAAUCCUCUAAGAGGGAACGCCUGUCUGCCGUGUAUUCUUAGCCAGAAUUGUCUGUCGUUUCUUUAAUCCUCCAGAGCAGAGAUGACGAUUUUUCCGCAGCCCUAUGGAAUUUGCAAUCUGUGAUUGCCUUGUAAAAAGAACCGUGCACAUAUCACCACGUUGAACAUUUGGUGUUUCUAAAUACUCAAAGAUCUCGGUGAGCACAAUGUAUUCACUUAAUGGCAUAGACCAUAGUAGACCCGCUUGGCGAGGGUUGGGUCUCACACUUCAAGUGCAAUGUAUCUGAAAACCAAUCUGAGCCUUGUAUUCUCUUAAAUAUUUAUUUUCUUUUUUUUAACGUAUGAGAUGUUAAAGAGGGAUUCUCCAUUCAUUUCAGUGCUGCAUGGAGGCAAAAUUCAGCAAUAAUUUCUUUCAGUUAUGAAGUUACUCUGUUGUGCCCUCCACUGAGCCCUGGUCCUUUGAAAUACUCCAGUUUUGUGGGUUUAGUAGACUUGUAAUUUUUACUGACAAAUUUACCUUUUUUGUACUUUGCAAUUUAAAUGUUUUUGUUUUAAAUUUUUUUGUGAAGCGAUUUCAUGAAGAGACUCCUUUUGACUAGACGCAGGCAGUCGGCGGGACGGGGGUCGGCGCCCUCGGCGCCUGUGGCCACGUGUGCUUGGCCUCGUCCGCGCGAUGGGUUUGUGGUUCCUUUGUUCUGCGAAAAACGCCUUGGAGUAAAUUUUCGGUGGCUGUGUAGCUGAUUUGUUUUCAAGGAAUUUUGUCUAAAAGAAAACGGGGCCAUUCUGCACCUCGAAAUGACCCCUACGCGUUUUCUGAAAAAUCGGAAGUUAUUAGGUGAAAGCAGUAAUUGAAUCUUUAAAAUAUACUUGAUCAUGUACAAACAAUAAGUAUUUUUUUCUCUUAAACUGGAAGUAAAUCUCUGUUAGAAAUAAUGUAGCCAAAAAAAUGUGAAUCCGAAGAAUUUUUUUGCCAAUACUUUAUAGCAAGUAUAUGAACCAAAGUGAUUUGAGUUUGUAAAAAUGUAAAAUACUAUGAACAAAAUUUGCACUAUCUGAGAUAUGGACAUCUAGUGAGGUUCACAUUCGCACUAAGUUUUCAGCGUUGUGUUCUUUUUCCAUUCGUUUGUUACUUUUAUUAAAGGUUCAAAACCAA